AAGCCGUCUUCUUGCCAUCGCUACAUCCUGAAUCGUCGUCCAAGAUGCAUUCUAUCCUGACGGCCGUUGUUAAGCCUCCAUUUGCCCUGACACAGAGACGCCUUUUCAGCGCAUCUGCCGCCAGCCUGGCGAAAAACCAAGUUUUUGACUCCAUCCGCACGCCAGCCUCAUUCAACUCUCAACUUUCCCUCUCAACCUCUCUCGGGAUUCCCCUCCUCACGCUGUGGAGCACGGCCUGGUGUCCGUCCUGCCGCACCAUUGAGCCACUUCUCCGCGGCCUGGUCUCUUCCGGCGUUGGCGAACAAGAAGGCGGCGUGCUCUUUGCGCCGGUGCAGUUUGACACUCCCGAGAUGAUGUCCACGCCCAUCCCGCUGGCCUCGCGGUAUUCCAUAACUUCCACGCCGACGCUGCUGAGCUUUGACGCCGGCGAGGCGCGGGCUGGUACAAAAGUCAUGGAUGCGAGGAAGCUGGCGGAUAGGCAGUUUCUGAUUGAUUGGAUACGCAACGAGGCGAAACGACAUGAGAGCGGAGGAGGAGGAGCCGCUUCGUUUGGAGGCUUGUUCAACAGCCGGUGAUUCUCAGAGAUGCCAGGAUACAUUUCGAUGCAUGAGAAGCGAAUCACAAGAGAAGGAGAAAUUUGCAUAUAUGACAUAUCUUGUAAAUACAGACAUCUCGUCAGGCAAAACAAACAGAUUAAAGCCAAGGAAGGAAGGAACGCUGAUGUACAUUACCAACUCCCCAAUUUUGACCACCUGCCCGUGGUCUUUUUACUA